AUGCUGGACGACGAGCUGCAGGCAGCGCUUGACAGAAGAGCAGCCAAGGGUACGCUGCGCCAGCUCACCGUUUACCCGACCGCUUCGACGUCUGUCUCAUCGUCCUCAUCCAGCGAGCAGCCCCUGGUCGACUUUUCGAGCAACGACUAUCUGAGCCUGGCCACCUCGUCUCGGGUGCGCGCCGACUUUGCUGCCAUCAUUGCAUCGGAUUCUCCGCUCUCGGCACAGCUCGGCAGCGCCGGAUCACGGCUGCUGGACGGCAACUCGUCCGUGCACGAGGCCGUCGAGAACGACCUUACGCGCCACUUUGCCUCGUCGGCCGCAGGCCUCCUCUUCAACUCGGGCUAUGAGGCCAACGUCUCGCUCCUCAGUACACUGCCUCAGCCCAAAGACGUCGUCAUCUACGACGAGCUCGUUCAUGCCUCGGUGCACGAUGGCUUGAGGCGCUCGCGCGUGCCUGCGCAUCUCCGCAUCCCUUUCCGCCACAACUCGGUCGAUCACCUCCGAGAAAUUCUCACACGGCUCGUUCAGGAUGGCACCCUGACGGCCGGUACAAGCGCAGCCCCUGGCGAGCAGCGCAAUGUUUGGCUGGCCGUCGAAAGCAUCUACUCCAUGGACGGAGACGCUUGUCCCUUGCGCGCGCUGCUCGAUACGCUGUCGCAGCACGUGCCCCAGCACCGCAUCUGCGCCGUGGUCGAUGAGGCGCACUCCACCGCCGUGUACGGCUCGCGUGGCAGAGGUCUCGUCAACGCGCUCGGUCUUCAAGACGAUCCGCGCAUCACGGCCAGACUCAUGACGUUUGGCAAGGCAUGGGGUGCUUCAGGCGCUAUCGUACUUUGCAGCAAGAUCGCCAGGCACUAUCUCAUCAAUUAUGCACGCCCGCUCAUCUUCAGCACUGCGCUCGGCUAUCCCCAACUGGCGUCCAUCCUCGCAGCGUUCCGUUCCGUGCAGGACGGGUCGGCCGAAAAGAGGGCCCGUGCUACCUUUGGCAAUGCUAGAAGGCUCGUGGAUGGCCUCGAAGGCGUCAUUCGAUCGCAAUCUCCGGCUGCCAAGCGAACGAUCGCUCUGCCACCACAUCUCAAGCCCAAGCAACAAGCUCAGCUCGCAGUGGAAGCUGAUGAUGACUUUGUACGAUGGUCGAUGCAGCAGCCCUCGCCCAUCGUGCCCGUGUUGACGAGCCGCGCACGCGAACUCGCGGCGUAUCUUCGCGCAAAUGGGUUGCUCGCAAGGCCCAUCUGCUAUCCCACCGUACCCAAGGGCGAGGACAGAGUCAGAAUCUGCGUCCAUGCCGAUAACACGAAAAGCGACAUCGAUAGGCUGAUCGACAGCGUCCGAUCGUGGGUUCAUGCCGAUCCCAGUCACGUUUCCACACGGACAGAAGUCGGUCGACACACACCACCAUCACCCGCACACGCACUCGCUGCCAAGCUGUAG